CUGCGUUUAAGAUAAAUUCAUCAAACAAACAGCAAUUGCUACAAUUUUGGCUUUCCUUUCUCCUCUGGAACUAUGUAUGAGCCUUAUGAAGACGAUUAUGAUGUCGGGGAAUACUACGGCUAUGAGCAAGAGGCAUUAUUUUAUGAGCAGUUUCCAUCGCCACCUCCAGCACCGGCUCCCAUUAUCUUGGGCUAUGAUGAGUAUCGUCGCCACUUUAUAAAUGAACGCCAAGAUAUUCAAAAGAAAACCUUCACAAAAUGGAUUAAUUCACAUCUUAUAAAAACUCAAUGCUCGCCUGUAAAUGAUUUAUUCCUAGACUUAAGAGACGGUCAUCGACUGCUGGCUCUGCUCAGUGUGCUUACGAAUACACAGCUGAAACCCGAAAAAGGACGAAUGCGUGUGCAUCACAUAAACAAUCUCAACAAAGUACUGCAGGUUAUUCAAGAGCAUGGCGUCAAGUUGGUCAAUAUAUCCAGUGAUGAUGUGGUGGAGGGAAAUCCAAAACUAAUCCUCGGUUUGAUAUGGCUAAUUGCCCUGGAGUUUAAUGGCCAGAAUCUAGUCAAGAGUCAUUCCAGCAAUGGCGUUGAGAAAUCACUGCUCAACUGGGCUAGACAAUUCACCGAACCCAAGGGGGUUAAGUUGAAUGAUUUCUCCACCAGUUGGUCGGAUGGCAGGGCUUUCCUCAUUAUACUCGAUGCCCAUUUGGAAAAUGUGGAUCUAGCAAAGGCCCUGGCACAACACCCAUUGGCCCGGCUGAAGAAGGCUUUUGAUUUGGCCUAUACUUAUUUCAAAAUCGAGAAGCUUCUGGAUCCUGAGGAUGUUCAUACGCACAAACCCGACAAUAAGUCCAUACAGAUGUAUGUCAUGUGUCUGUAUCAUGCCAUGGAGACGAGAAGGACGCUGGAGGGCGAAGAGGUGGAGAUGGAAAUGUGCCAACCGCAAGCCAUUGCGACAACGAGGGAAACGGAAACUGAAACAGUAUUAUAUGAUGACAAAGUUGAUGUAGCCUAUAGCAGUCGAAGUGUAAAUAUAACCGAUUUAGAUGAAAUACCCUUAGAUUGUAACGAAGAGGAACAUUCCGAUGCCUCGUCUAGGGCAAACAGUGCUACCGAUUCGGGCAUCAAAUCGGCAAAGUACAAUAGUGACACCUUCAAGUCCAUCAUGGACUUGGAAAUGGAUCCGCCCAAGAACUUAGCCAAUUUUCUAAUCAAAGACGACAAGUCAAGGCCACACAGCUUAGCCACGAAUGUCUCCAUAGAGAUAACCACCUAUCAGGCAGCUCUGGAGGCUGUUCUCACGCUGCUGCUGGAGGAUGAGCAGAUCCUCUCGGAGGAAAUACCGGAGCCAAAUGAUUUUGUAACGGCCAAAGCACAGUUUCAUGAUAACGAACAGUUCAUGUUGAAACUGACCGAACAUCAGCAGUAUGUGGGUGAGGCUUUGGAGGAAGGUUCAAAUUUGAUAAACGAGUCUCAAAAAUCUGCCGGUCUUACUGUGGAAGAUCAAAAUGAGAUACGCCAGCAGAUGGUGCUGCUGAAUGAGCGUUGGGAAACUUUGCGGCUGAAAGCUUUGGAUGUGCAAACUAAGAUCCUCAUGCGUUUGGCCGAGUUCCAGACACAACAAAUCGAAAAGCUUAAAAAUUUUCUCACCAACAUUGAGGAUCGUAUCUCGCUGAUGUCAGACAUAGGGCCCUCCGUCAAAGAGGCUGAGAGCCAGUUGAGAGAGGCGGCCGUACUUAAAGAAGACCUCAAACACCAACAGGAUUUGGUGGACAGCCUGAGUAACAUGGUGGUUAUUGUCAACGAUGAAUCGGGUAAUUUUAAUGAUCUGGAGGACAAGCUGUCCGCAUUGGGAGAACGUUGGUCCCAUGUGGUCAAGUGGUGUGAUUUGCGCCAGGAGAAAUUGCAACAGUACAAAUGUAUAUCUCGUUGGCUGGAUACCAGGGAGCAGGAUCUGAAACACAUGGAGAGCAAAGAUGUCUGUGAUUUGGGCAGCAUUACCAAGCGUAUGAACGACUUGAACUACUGCGCCAAGGAUCUAUUGGAGUUGGAGCGUUACCUCAUCGAUUUGAGGCAAAUGGUGGCGGCCACCUUGCAGGAGGGCGAUGUCAAAGGCGAACAGGUUUUGGUGCAAUUGGAGAAUUUCGAAGAUCGCCUGGAUGCCCUGAAGCAAAUUGUGGAAGUACAAACGGAGCGCAUAGAACAGAAGGGCUUUAAGUUUGGCCGGGAUCGUGCUUCCUAUGAUGAUUCCAAGGUGGUGAAACCAGAUCAUUGGACAGAUUUCCAGUUGAUUAUACGUUUUGGUGAGGAGGAGGGAGAAGAUAACCAGACAGAGGACCUGGUACUGGGCCGAGAAGGAUCGCCUUUGGCCUGCAAGAAACGCAAGUUGCGUAACACCGAUAAUUUCUACUUGCUGGAGGGCAAGAUCCUCGAGGCCUUUGGCUUCAUCGAUGACUGUGAAGAUCAAAUGCAACAGGUGCAGAGACGUAGUCUGCGCAACCAGUUCGAGGUGCUUGAGAAACUGGAAAAGGAGGUGAGUUCGCGCAUCGACAACUCCCCUGAGCUGAGGGAUCUCUAUGAGCUGUGCGAGAAGGAGGAUGUUAGUCGCAACUUGAUCAUGGAGGCUUCACAAAUAAAGCAAAUAGAACAAAAAUACCAGGAACUCAGGCAGGCGCUGGAGGCGCAAAGUCGUGCUUGCUCCGAGUUGAUGGAAAAGGAAAAGUUCUACAACAAUUUGACCGGCUUCAAAUUGGUUUUGGCAGACUCCCGCGAUUGGUAUAAACAACACUCGCAAAGUGCCUCCAAGGCAGAUCUGCAACAGCGUCUGAGUCACAUGGAAUCACUUUCCACGGAGAUUCAGCAGGCCAAAGAAGCUACGGCCACCUUGCCCGAGGACUUAAGGGAGUGGAAGGAGGACUUUAAUAUAUUCCAUGAUUCCUGGAAUGACAUGAAAAAGGCCAUAAUGACUUUGAUCCAUGAGAAAGGUGGUGUGGAUGAGGUGCAUCAGAAAUUUCAAAAUCUACAGAAUUUCUUUAAGAAAGUCCCCACCAUACAAGUUAUCGUUGAUGCCUUGGAACCCAUGGAGGCAAGACUUCAGCAACUCAAUCGCCUCCAAGGUGAUCUGGAGACUUUAGUGGGUGAUUAUGAGAUGAUUAAACAGCGUAGACCCGACUCUCUUUCCUCAGAGUGCCAAGAGAAAUGGCUCAAAUGCCAGGAGCAGAUCAGCGAGAGAAUUAUAAAACAGACCACAGCCAUAGAGAAUCUAAAUCAUUUCAAUGCCGAGUACAACACCAUUAUGGCAGCUCUGAGAAAGCUGGAAGCCAGUCUGCGCGAGGAAGAUGACUCCAAACCGGUUACUGAGGCUCAAAGCUCCAUGAAACUGCGAAAACUGGAAAUCGAUGUGAUAAGCGCCCGCAAUUUCAGUGAGAUCAUCAUCAAGGAUGCCCAGCCCAAGCACCGCCAGAAUUUGGUAACACAAAUCAGAAAACUCAACGAAUUCUUUGGCAGUAUACAAAACAUCUACAAGGAGAAUUUGCAAAAGACCCUGGACAUAGAGAAACAAAGUGAGAAGCUAUUCGAGCGUCUCAAUAGCACCGAAAAAUGGCUAAACGACUUGGCUUCCAACACCCCCAAGACUCCUAUAGCCCAGAUUCUAAAUUCCAAUGAGCUCUUCCACCUCAAAUCGAAAUUCCAGGCUCUCAAGGAGACCUGCGAAAAGGAGACGGUGAAUUUCCGUGAGCUCAAUGAAAUGGGGGGCGAUUGUCUGGUACAAAUUGACGAACUCAAGUCCAAGGGUGUGGAUAAUGUCGAUGAGAAAUACAAUUUGCUGGCCAAAAAGUUUACACGCCUCAAUGCCCGCUGGACGGAGGUUACCACACUGGUCUACACCAAAUGUGGUCUGCUGGAGCAUAUCUCUACGCAGCUAGGCGAAUUCAAAAAAUUCAUGGUUUCUGAGUCGGGCUAUCUGGAUCGUCUGGAGAAUAAGACGCGCUCAACGCCAGAGAAUGCCGAUGCCGAGGAAAUCAUUGAAGAAUUAGACGACUUGGAGAAUGUCUUGCGUGCACAUUCCGACGAUUGGUUGGAAAAAAUUCAAGAAAUUGGUCACGAACUAAUUACCCAUGAAUUUAUGGCCGGCUCGAUACGCCAAGAAAUCGAAACCAUUGUAGAGCGCUGGACUCACCUGCAACACAAGGCCAAACAGCGCCUCGAGAUUCUGGAGCAGGAAGUCAACGAAGCCAAACAGUCUGAAAAAUGUGUGGAACAGUUCGAGGCUUGGCUAACCCGCGUAGAUGAGAUACUCAGCGAGCAUUUAGAGAACGAUGUUACCAUAGAAGAUUUACCCGAAGAUUUCCAACAGUUAGCCCAAGAGUUCGAGGAGAAUGAGAAAUGCUUCCAAGAGAUCGAUGAUCUUAUAGCGGAACACCAGCGCAAUGGAAAAAUUGAGGCUGCCAAUCGUCUGCAGGACCAAUUGAAACUUCUGGAACAGCGCUAUAAAUCUUGCCAAUUGAAAUUCAACAAAUGUACCGCCCCUCAGCCGGCCUUUGAAUCACGACUCAAACGCGCCGUUGCCGAGCUGCGUAAUGUGGAACGUUCUACUUUGGUCUUGGACGUGGCCACUGCUGGCCCCUCCACCGUCCAGGCGCAAUAUCAAAAAUGUCAGCAGAUUUAUCUAACCCUCAGUGAUAUAAAAUCCGAAAUCGAGAGCACCAUAAAGACGGGGCGUAAAGUUUGUGAAGACAAAUUUACCAAAUCACCCAAACAGUUGAGUCAACACAUCGAUGCCUUAAAGCAUCUCUACAAUGCCCUGGGUGAAAAUGUCACACAGUCGAAAAUAUUUCUUGAGGGUCUGCUGAAGUUGGCCCAACAACUAGAGGAAUGUUUCGAUAUGGCCGAGGAGCUAAAUCGGCAAUUCGAAACUCCCCAAGAAAUACAUGAUCGCAAUUCAGUUUUCCUCGAAUAUGAGAGCAUACUACAAAAGUGCGAAGACAUCUAUGAGGAAUACAGCAAAUCAUGCGAUCAGGUAUGCAUGGAAGACACCAGACAGAGGAUAGACGAUCUUAAGGCCGCCUACUUAAAACUGACCAGUGCUGAUGUGAUAAAACGUUUGACGGAAAUGAAAUCGACCUUACAGAACUUGGACAACAUAUCACUUGAUACUCUGAGAGCUAUGGAGCAUGAUUUAAAGCAGAUUAAUGUGCCAUCCAAUCCGGAAAUUGAAAAAUUGCAACAGCAAGUGAUUGCCAUUGUAGUGGAUGUUUUGAAAACACGCUACGAAGUCAACACCUCAUUGGAGAACCUGGUACAAGGUGAAUAUGUUAAACCCACGGAUGCCAGCCCGGCCACGAGCGAUGAUACGGAAAUAGUGAUUGUCAGUGAUACUGUCCGACAGAGAAGAGCCCGCACUCCCUCCUCCACUUCACCCACUAAGGAAGUCAAUGAUAGUACAACAAGUGGCACCUCUGCGGGCGGUCUGCAGCAGCAACAAAACACUCAGGUGGGUUCUGCAAAAGAUUUGAUUGACCAACACCAACAACAGCUGCCUGGUCAACAACAACAGCAACAGGUGUUGCCCGAUUUGUUACCACCGCAAACCUUCCGUCUUGCUGAAUCGAGUGCUCUCUUCUCACAGAUCUCCAUGAAUCCCAAUGCCGAUGUGCCUCCCCCCAAGCCCAGCAAGCGUAAGAGUGGUGAAUCCCAGGCUCAAAUGGUGGAGAUAAAAGUGAAGAACAUAGGCAGUGAUAAAAUGUCUGUGCAGUUGGCUGGACUUGAGCCUCAGCAAGGUGAAAUAGUGGACACGGUCAACAUAUUGGAGUCGGUGGAGCCUUUUGUCCCUGAAUACGUGGAGACGGUGCAAAUAGUUGAUCUUUCCGAAGACUCUGAUUCCUCUAUGCGCAUUGAUGCCGAGGGCAAGGAAGUCAAGCGCUCCAAGUCGAAGAGGUCUCUAUGCGAUUCACCUCGACCUGUGCCCGAAGAAAUUGAAUUUGACAAAGAUGUCGAAGUGGAAUUGCGUUUGGAUGCCAAUCAAACUAGUACGCCCAUCUUGCGUGUGGAAAAGCAACGCAUAUCCUUUGAAGAGAAACGUAAACGCAUCGAAACUGAACGUGAUAUCCUCAGGGAUUCUGAGGAAGAGGGUGAGGCAAAAACUUCGGGUGUUAUCAAACAACCCAAGGCCAAGAGAUGGCGCCAACUACAAAUGGCCAUGGAAGAGUUGGACAAUAGCAUUGCCGAACAGGAGGCACGCAACAGUUUCUACAAUCCCGACAAAGAUUUAAGUUUCGAAGUUGAGCCUUUGGUCUUUUCGGAUGAUGAAGAUAUACCCAGAUUCUCCAUGGAAAUGACUCAACCUCUUGAUUCGGAUAGUGAUACGAGUCGCAUUGAAACACCUACCGCCAAAAAGCCAAAUGCCUUCUCCAACAAAAUCUUGCCCCAGUCACCAUCGAUCGAUGACUCAAAUAUAACACUGAAAAGUCCAUAUUCUGAAGUGCCCAGUUGCAAAUUUCAGACUGGAACUCUUGAGCAAAGAGUGGCUGAAUUUGAGAAAAGUGCCAAAAACAUGAUGGCGCGGCUGGACAAAACAAAAGAGAGAAUUGAGAAAAACACCGAUGGUGAAAGAGGAGUGGAAGACUUAAAAAUGUUAAUAGCUCCCGAUGCGGCCACCCUUAUAUCGCAGGGAGACUCUUUGGUACUGGAAACACAUGGUAAACAAGGUUCCUUAUCUCGUGUCGUUAUGAGAAGUCAAAUUAUUCUCCGAGAGAAAUUCCGUGAAGUACAACAAUCAAAAUCAAAAGCCUUACCUGCGCCAAAAGAUUGCUCAGGUUCCCCGUAUUCCUCAUUGGAUAAAGUCAGCAUGAAGGGUGUCAAUCUGGAAGAACUCAUAUGCAAAGGCCUCAAACGUGUCAAUGAUUUAAUUGCCCGCCCGGUGGAUCGGAAAUCAUCCGAAGAUUUGGAGAAACGUCUAUCGGAAAUAAAUGAUCGUCGUGACGAUUUGAAAUUGAUAGUUAAUGCCAUUGGAAAGAGUGAGCAAAUGCCCAAAGUUAGUUCAGUCAUGAUGAAUGAUAUUGAAAAGACAAAAAAUAAUCUUCAAACACACGCCGAUACCAUUGAGAUGUCUUUGACGGAACUAAAAUCGAACAAGAAACUUAAUAAUACCAAUGGAAGUCGAGAAUACAACGACGAGCCCAGCGGCACUGGAGCAUUGGCUGGCAGCUUUGACAAGUCCGUAUUGCAAAUAUCCGAUUGGUUGACGUGGGAACAGAACAUGAUCAAAAUCCAAAGUGUGUCAGUCGAUGAUGUCGAUGCUGUUCGCAUGGCCAUAGAAAAACAAGAGAAAGUUUUGCAUGAAUUGAAAAUGAAAAAACCCCAACUUAAUGAGUUGGUUCAUACCGCUGAGAUUUUGAAGGGAGACACAAAACGGCAGCAAUUGCAGGAAAAGGAAUUGAAACAAUUCUCGUUAGCACCGCAUUGUUCCGCCGAUUUGGACUAUAUGCGAUGUUGUCUGAAAGUCACCCGUUUGCGUGAACAUUGGGACGAGACCUCACAAUGUGUGUUACAGAGGGCGGCUCAACUUAAAAGCAUGUUAAGUGAUUCCCAAAGAUAUGAGGCCAAACGUUUGGAACUUGAGAAAUGGCUGCAACGUAUGGAGGCCCGUGCCGAACGUAUGGGCACCGUGGCUACCACAGCUGAUAUAUUGGAAGCUCAGCAAAAGGAACAAAAGUCCUUCCAUGCUGAAUUACAUCAAAAUAAGCAACAAUUUGAAAUCUUCAAUACUUUGACACAAAAACUGAUUGCUGUCUAUCCAGCUGAUGAUACCACAAGAAUAAAGAAAAUGACUGAAACCAUCAACCAGAGAUAUUCAAACUUAAAUAACGGCGUUAUAAAUCGUGGCAAACAACUGCAUGCUGCUGUUCAUAGCUUGCAAUCAUUUGAUCGAGCUAUGGAUCAAUUUUUGGCUUUCCUAUCGGAAUCCGAAUCAUUGUGUGAAAGUGCUGAAGCUGAAAUAGAGAGAAAUCCAUUAAUGUUCAAGGAUUUACAAUCGGAAAUUGAAACACAUCGUGUGGUUUAUGAUCGCCUCGAUGGUACUGGACGUAAACUGUUGGGUUCGCUCACCUCCCAAGAAGAUGCGGUUAUGCUUCAAAGACGUCUGGAUGAAAUGAACCAACGUUGGAAUAAUUUGAAAUCGAAAAGUAUCGCAAUAAGAAACCGCUUAGAGAACAACUCAGAGCAUUGGAAUGCCUUGCUUUUGACCUUGCGCGAACUUACCGAAUGGGUCAUACGCAAAGACACUGAACUGUCCACUUUGGGCAUGGGUCCAGUACGAGGUGAUGCGGCCAGUUUACAAAAGCAAUUGGACGAUCACAAAGCCUUCCGCCGUCAAUUGGAGGAUAAACGUCCAAUUGUCGAGAGUACUUUGUUGAGUGGCCGCCAAUACAUAGCCAGUGAGCCACCUGUUUCGGACACCAGCGAUACUGAAGCAGCCCACGAUACGGAUUCACGUUACUUAACUGCCGAAGAACAAAGCCGUGAAUUGACACGCAGCAUUCGACGUGAAGUUGCUAAACUCUCCGAGCAAUGGAACAAUCUCAUCGAUAAAUCUGACAAUUGGAAACAUCGUUUAGAUGAAUACAUGACGAAAAUGCGUCAAUUCCAGAAGGUCUUGGAGGAUCUAAGCUCUCGCAUUGCCUCCGCCGAGGCUACCAAAAAUGCUUGGGUUGUGCCCCCCACCAGUGGCGAGGCCAGUGAGCAGCUACAACAUUUACAACGUUUGCGUGAUAAGAUGACCACAGCUGGCGCUUUACUGGACGACUGUAAUGAGCAACAAUCAUUCUUUACAGCCAAUCAGGUAUUGGUGCCAGCCAAUUGUUUAUCGAAACUGGAGGAUUUAAACACCAGAAUGAAACUUUUGCAUAUUGCUAUGGAUGAGCGUCAAAAGGUUUUGCUGAAUGCAGGUGGUAAUCAAAAUAUGGAAAAUGGUGAAGAUGGUCGGUGUACCUCCAACAGUGGCACAAUUGGUCCAAUACCAAAUCUGGGACAAAGUGUUAAUCCGCCAUGGGAAAGAGCAACCACAGCAUCCAAUGUGCCUUAUUAUAUAGACCAUGAACGUGAAACCACCCAUUGGGAUCAUCCCGAUAUGAUCGACCUCAUGAAAAGUUUGGCCGAUCUCAACGAAAUACGUUUCUCUGCUUAUCGCACUGCCAUGAAAUUGCGUUCGGUACAAAAAUCCCUAGCUUUAGAUCGCAUUCCCAUGGCUGCCGCCAUUGAGUCUUUCGAUCGUCAUGGUUUAAGGGCACAAAAUGAUAAACUGAUUGAUAUACCCGAUAUGACUACGGUGCUGCAUUCAUUGUAUGUGACUUUGGAUAAAAUCGAUUUGACCAAAUUGCUGGAUCUAGCCAUUAAUUGGAUAUUGAAUGUUUAUGAUUCUCAGCGCACCGGACAGAUAAGAGUAUUGAGUUUUAAGGUGGGAUUGGUUUUACUAUGUCGCGGCCAUUUGGAAGAGAAAUAUCGUUAUCUGUUCCGUUUAAUAGCUGAUCCUGAACGUAAAAUUGAUCAACGAAAAUUGGGUUUACUAUUGCAUGAUUGUAUACAGGUACCUCGUCAAUUGGGCGAAGUUGCUGCUUUUGGUGGUUCCAAUAUUGAACCUUCGGUGCGUUCCUGCUUAGAGAGAGCUGGUAUUUCUCAAGAAGCAAUCGAUUCUAAUCAAGAACUUUCGAUUGAAUUACAUCACUUCCUGGCAUGGCUGCAACAUGAACCACAAAGUUUAGUUUGGCUACCGGUAUUACAUCGUUUGGCAGCUGCUGAAUCUGCUAAACAUCAGGCCAAAUGUAACAUAUGCAAAGAGUAUCCAAUUGUUGGCUUCCGUUAUCGUUGCCUUAAGUGCUUCAAUUUUGACAUGUGCCAAAAGUGUUUCUUCUUUGGACGUAAUGCCAAAAACCAUAAACUAAGUCAUCCCAUGCAUGAAUAUUGUACAACGACCACAUCCACAGAAGAUGUUCGCGAUUUUACCCGAGCUCUUAAGAACAAAUUCAAGUCACGCAAAUACUUUAAGAAACACCCACGCGUUGGUUAUUUGCCCGUUCAAAGUGUGCUGGAAGGUGAUGCUCUCGAAAGUCCUGCCCCCAGUCCCCAACAUACCACGCAUACGCUACAAAACGAUAUGCACUCAAGACUGGAAAUGUAUGCCACUCGAUUGGCCCAGGUCGAAUAUGGUGGCGGUACCGGUUCCAAUUCCACACCCGACAGUGAUGAUGAGCAUCAGCUGAUAGCACAAUAUUGUAUGGCCUUGCCCACGAAUAAUGGUGCUGCCCCCAAAUCGCCGGUGCAAGUAAUGGCUGCCAUGGAUGCCGAACAGAGAGAGGAACUUGAGGCCAUUAUACGCGAUUUGGAGGAGGAGAAUUCCAAUUUACAGGCUGAAUAUCAGCAAUUGAUGACGAAACAGCAGAGCACCACACCCGAUGAUGCGACGGGUAUGCAACAUUCCAAUUCCUCAGUGGGAGGUCUUUCGGCGGGCGCCAAUAACCAGGGAGAACAUGGACAGGAUAUGAUGGCCGAAGCUAAGCUGUUGCGCCAACACAAAGGACGCCUGGAGGCCCGCAUGCAAAUACUUGAGGAUCACAAUCGCCAAUUGGAAGCCCAGCUUCAGCGUUUGCGUCAAUUACUUGAUGAGCCCAACAAUGGCGGUGUGCCUGGUACCCCUGGUUCGGCUAUGAAUUCCAAGCCCAAUACCUUGCAAACACGUUCGGUAACAGCUUCACAGUUGAAUACCGAUUCGCCAGCCAAAAUGAAUCAACAGAAUGGCCACUAUGACCAAAACACAAAGGCCAUAGGCAAAGUUGUUGAAGAAUUGGUGACCGUCAUUACAGAACAAGAAAUCGAGCAAACUUUGGAAGAUGAUCUGGAACGAGCACAAAAUCGUUAUGAUGAGGAUGACAUCAUCGAGGAGGAUGAAACGACGGAGAAUACAAGUGAGACCACAACUACAUCUACAACAACAAAUAGCAAUUUAAGUCAGUUGACAAAGACGCCCAAGGCAACAUCAACGCCAUUUGCGUUUAAAAAGUAGGAAAAGUAAAAAAAUGAAACACACUUACAUACAUACUACAAGUGAAUGCAAUAUAAGUCGAUAACAAGAAGAACACAAGAAGAAAAUUAUGCGAUUUACACCGAUUAGAGAAUUAAACGAAAUUUAAAAAUUAACAAAAUAAACAUAAUAGCUAACAUCUAAAUUACCAUAUACAUAUAUACAACUACAAAAAAACCAUACAUUAAAUAUUAUAAUAAAUCUUAAAGAGAAAAGUACUUGUAUUUGUAUUUUUGAUUAAGUGAAAAGUUUAUGAUACACAAGAAACCAACAACAAACCAACAUAAUCAUUUAAUAUUUGUUUACAGAAGAAUUAAAUCAUUUAUAGAAAUGAAAAAUAGAAAAACUGCAGAUAUAGAUGGCAAAAAUCAUGUGUAAUAUUAAAAAAAAUUUAAGAAUACAAAAACAACCAACUUAUCUAAGCCAACCACAAAGAAUAAGAAGAAUAACAUCAAUAACAUUAAAUCCCCAAAUAGAAACACAAAAUAAUUCAUUUAUAACAAAUAUAUUAUUAUUAUUAUUAUAAAAAAUAUUAAUUUUAAUUUUCUUCUUUAUUUUGCAAUAUUUAUGAAAUAAGCAAUGGAAAUGGAAAAAGAAACCAACACAAAUAAAUUCAUAAAACACAAAUUUCCCCCCCC